AGCCAAUGCAGUACAGAAAUCAAUAACUUAAAGUUGAACUAUGAAUCUCAGAUCCAUGUCAGUCAUACCAAAAUCCAAAGGCUUUUGGCCCAGAGGGAGGAUGAUACAGCUCAGCUUCAGAUGCAAUAUGACAGGAUACAGGCAGAGAGGAGGGAUAGGGAGGAGGAGCUCAGGAGGUUCAAGAUGUCAAUCAACCAUGUGGAGGAACAAAAGAAAAAGGCAGAAGAAGAAGCUCAUCGCCAGUGCUCAAUCAUCACAGAAGAAGAGUUCAGGAGAAGAGAACUGGAAAUAGAGAUUGAGAUCCUGAUCAAGCAGAGAGAAGAGGAAAGCUGUAAGUACAAGAAGGACCUGGUUGAGGUUAGAGAGGACCUACAAGAGAAGACUGAGCAACUAACCUAUGUCUCCCACAGUCUGGAGGAGGAGAUCCGUAGAAGGAGAACCGCAGAAGAAGGACAAGGUGUGCUUGAACAGACUUUGACCCAACUUCAAGCAAAGCUAACUAGUUCAGCAAUGGCUGUGACCCAACUAAGGGAAAGUGAAGCAGACCUUCAGAAUGUUUGUUUGAGGCUGGAAAGAGAAAACAGGGAUCGGGGUAGAGUAGAAGAAAACCUGAGCCGGUUGCUGGGCCGCAUCAAGGACCUUCAAGCUGUGAGAGAUGGCUUAGAGAUCCAGUUAGACAAUUUAAGAAAAGCUAACCAAGAGGAAGUGUCCAGAAGAAGGCAGAUAGAGACAGAGUUAGAAAAUACCACUAUGGCUAUGAGAGAAUACUCUUGCACCAUUACUGCAUUACGCCAAAGCCAAGAGCAAGCCAACACAUCAGAAAGGAGAGGUGAAAGACAGUGUGUCAUGCUGCAAGACGAGCUAGAGAGAAGCUUGAAAGACAACAAGACCUCUGCAGCACAGUUAUCGCAAUUGAGCACUGAGCUAAAAGCCCUGCAGCAUCAACUCUUCCUGGAGCAAGCAAGACUUAAAGAGGUGAACCAAAGAAACAAGGGACUGCAAAGAACAAUUGAAGAGAAGAGUAAAGCUCUGGAUGAGAAUUGCACUGAGCUUCAAACUCUGAAGGAGAAUACUGACACCUUAAUGAAAGAAAGGCUAAUGCUGGAGGAGGAGCUUAGGGCAACCCGACAUGAUAAAGCUGAAGUUUUGAGAUUCAAACAGGAAAGUCACGAUCAACUUUCCUCCCAAAUUACUGCCUUGGAGCUGCAGCUGCAGGCCCGUGAGCGCAGCAAUGUUGACUACCGCAACCUUGUCUCAGAGCUCUCCUUGGAGAGGGAAAACCUCAAACUGGAGACUAAGAAAAUACAAAUGCAGACGACUGAGGUACAUGGACGCCUGGACCCUACCCCCAGUCUGCUCCCCUCUUUCCAGUUUAUGGAUCAUAAUCAAGCAGUCAUUACUGUCACUGAGACAUUACUCUUUUCUUGCAUGAACAUCUGAAUUAUUUUCUAUAGUUGCUUCUCACUUAGUGUCUGACAUUUUCUGUAGAUUUUCCUAAAAUGUUGGUAUGCUGUGUACAAGGUAAAGAAAAACAUACGGUAGAUCCUCUUUGAAUUUUUUGCCUGUAACAUAUUCCUGAUUAAUACAGGGGUAUGAUUUCUGUUGAACAGUAAUUCUGGACACUGAUUCUUAAAAUUUAUCCCCACGCUUGCUUUUCAUGCCAAUACUACAAAAAUACUACUAUUUUAGGGUUACCAUCCAGUGUUUCACGUGAUCGGGGUAACACGAUCGCUCCUUGACACUUAAAUAUGACUAUAUGAUUAUGGUACAUAUGUUUUUCAUACAGUAUCAUUUAGACCAGUGGUUGUCAAUUACUUUCUGUCAUGCCUCCACUGGGGGAUGGAAAUGUUUUGAAGCACUGAUAUUGACAGCAGCAAUUGGAGGACACCUGUUUGGAAACAAUGUGGUCAUCUGUGACCAUGUAUUUUCAUCAGGUUUUUCUUUUUCUGCCUUAUCCCAUCUACUUCUCAUUGUGUUGCAGGCAUUAAAUUCAGAAUCAUUGUAUACUUAUCUGGUCGUGGACCUGCUCCAUAGAGCGAUAACAAUACAAUCUAAUCUAACCAACCUGAAUUACAAGAAGAAACUGUGAUUUGAAAUUUAAAUAUUGUAUCUCUGAUAUAAGUAAAAAGUUUUCUUUAUUUCAGACAGCAUCCUAAAUUUUAAAAUCAGGAGCUUGAAAUGAACUGCAUGACUUGUUUUCAAGUGUGCUGUGUCUUACUGUUAGUUGACCUAUAGUAUUUACACUGUAUUCUACUGCUAUCACUCUGUUUAGAAAUAUCUAGCCUGCACUGUUUCACUUGAUUUGUCCUUUGCCUAUAGAGUCCCAUCAAUUGCUAAUUUUGUUAUUUUAAUGAAGUAUACUUGAACAUAUCUGGAGUUUGUCCUGUUUUGAGACAAGAGAACAUCCAUCCUUC